GAGCCUCAUGAGUGUUUUUGGGGGGAAUUCCGUUCAUGUGCGGCUUGGAGGAAAAGCUGCAGGAACGUCGCGCUUAACAGCCGAAUCGGUUUGCUUUAGUUUAUCAUACAUACAUAUGAUGCUGAAGAACCCCACCCAUGUCAACUGUAAAGUUUAAGGCCUUCAGGCAACUGAGAAGUUGACAAAAUCCCCUUAAAACCUCUAAGAUGUAACGACGCACUUUCCCGGCCUCGGCGUGCGCACUCUGGUCUGGAAAUUUAAACAUUAACGCUGCUAAGAGCUUCCUGGAAGCGCUGACUUCCAUUUGGAUCUCUGAGGGCUGCUGGGUGAAGACUUGAGAGGCCUGGAGCGAUUAACCAGAGACGCUGGACUGGUUUUCCCUCAGGGCCCUCCGCUGGCACUGGAAGGAGCUGCAGGAAUUCUGAAAACCAAUUUUUUAAUCCAAAGUAAACACGCUUGAUGUCGGUCUGUUUAUGUAUUUUUAAUACACAACAUGGCUGCUCCCAUACAGACGUUUUCUGGAAUACGGUUCACAGGAAAAGGCAGCAAACCAUGAAGAAAGCCAGCUUCGUCCGUCUACAGACACAAUGGAAACAAAGGAAAUAGUCCACCGUGCUCUGCAGAUAGAGAAGUUAGCUGCAGAGCAAAGCUUUGGGAGCAUCUCAACUCUGCUUGGGGAUCUUGAUAGAUGUGAUAUAUCUCCAGAGCAGCUGGAAAUGACGGACAUAGUCAAAGUGCUUUAUAAACUCCUAAAAACCUGCAGGGAGAGCAGCGUGAGGAAAACAGCGAAGAGUCUGCUGUCGAGGUGGAAGAGACAGUACGGUAGUGAAUGGCGGGGAAACUCAGGAAACUCCCAUGCUGUUCCUUCAGGACAAACAGAGGAUGGGGGGGUUUCCAAAGAUUCAGCACAAAUGGGUGGAAAUAAGGAGGAGAGAGCAUCAGGACAAGAAUGUGAGACUCCCACAGGAGAGACAACGUCUCCCUCUUCUGACUCUGUGAGAACCAAAUGUGUUCAGCUCCUGCUUUCUGCCCUCCACCCUGAACCUCCCGAUGGAGACAAGGCAGCAGAGCUGGCGGAAAGCAUUGAGAGGCACAUCCACCGUCUCCACAAAACCAAGCACCUCAAAUACAAAGCCUGCGUGAGGAGCAAGGUGGCCAACCUGAGGAAUCCCAAAAACAGUCAUCUACGCCAGGGCCUCCUGAGUGGCUCCCUGGUGCCAGAGUCCUUCGCCCGGAUGUCUGUGGAGGAGAUGGCCAAUGCUGAGCUACGGCAGCUUCGGGAGGAGUACUCAUCCAGGGCUGUGAGCGAGAGGCAGCUUCCCCAAGGACUGGAGGGUACGCCGACGCAGAAGGUCCGCUGCAAACGAUGCGGAGGAUCAGACUGCAGGAUGACACAAGUGUCCAGAGGUGCCCUGUUUUUGCCUGCGUGGGUGAGGUGUGGCGGCCCUGAUGAGGACGCCAUGACCUUUGUUACCUGCAGUGGGUGUGGCCAGCAGUGGUACCACAACGCCUGGGUGUGCCUCUGAAUCCAAAAGCCACAUUGACUAUCUAGUGAUGAUCUGGUGAGGAAGUUAAUAAAAGCAGUUCUUUUUUUCUUUUAACUUCUGCAUAAAGUUUAAACAAGUUUGCCUGCUUGUUUAAAAGUCCAAAAAGUGCCGCUUCAUCUUUGCUAAAGCAGAGUCGCUGCUAACCGGAACCAAGACUUUUAAAGAGUCAGUCAUCACAUUCUUACUGAUUCAUUUCCUGCCUCUUCCAGGCCUAAUAGCCCUUCAGUGGUUUAUAUUCUGAACAGUGGCUGCUAUUGCUAACAGCUUCCUGUCAAGCUUUGUGAAUUAAAAAGCCUCGAGAAAAUGUUCAUACUUUUGAACUUUUCACAUUUUGUCAAAUUCUUCUAUGAAUGGCGCCCAAAGUAAGCCCCUCCUUCUUACACAAAUGAAGCACAAUACACACACACACACACACACACACACACACACACACACACACACACACACACACACAAAGAAAAACUAAUUAUGUAACUUAUCAGAAACAUGAACAAGGAAAUAUUUUUGGAUAUUACUAUAUUACUUAAAAUAUAUAUUUUAAGGAUAUCUUUGUGAAAACUUUCAAAAAGCAGUAUUGAUCUACAAAAAGUCACAACAGCUUUUUAUUUGGCUCUGUGACAUCCAUUAGUCCAUCACGCCCUGGGUAGAGAGCCAAAUAAUCUACUUUAUUCCACAUACUUAAGUGUAUAUUGUUGUGAUUUUAUUUGACAUGAUUUUAAAAUGGAAGACAAUUUGUUUUUGUCAGUACCUUUUUGAGUCUGGACUUUGACUGGGCCAUUCUAACGUGUGAUCUAAACCAGUGGUCCCCAACCCCGGGCCGCGCAAGAAAUAAUUAAAUAAAAAUUACAUUUUUAGAAAGCGCGGCGCUUACGUCACCACGCUUUCUGAUUGGCUACCUGUCACAUUCAACAGGCUGUGUUCUCGCUCCUGUCAUGUGUUUAGCUCCACCCAUUUUCCCAUCAUGUCACCAGCUUCCCCAUUCCCGCAGUAUGAUGCUGCCACAAAAAACAUAUGCACCCUCUGUGGGGUCAUAUUGUGUGUGCAAAUCCCUUAUAAAAAUGGAAGCAAAAAAAGCUUCUGAUAGUUGCCCUUUCAUUUUCCUUUCAUUUGCAGCAAACUGAAUCCAGUGAAUGAGACACAUGAUAUUCGAGCCCUGAGGACGAUCAGGACCGACUCGUGGCAGAGAAUGCGCCGCCACUCCUGCCAGUUUAUGUGUUUCUCUGCCCUUCAUCUCUGUUUGCUUUUUGAAAGAUCUCUCAGUUAUUUUGUUGAAUAAAGGAUUUCAUCCUUUGA